ACUACUUUAUACCUUCCAGCCCCAGCUGUUGUCAGCUUCAGCUGCCUUAGAGAAUGAAAUCCACCUUGCCUCUCAAUGUUUUUGGCUCAUGGGAUUCAAUUCAAGUCUGGUCAGGUCUCCUUGGCUGGGGUUUUUGUCCUAUGAACAGAUACUCAGUUGUGUCUCCUGUGUCUGCAUUCACUCGUGACUCUGUACUUGGCUUGCUCAGAGCAUAGUUAGGUCAGCUCCCAAAAUGCAUUUAGCAGAAGACUUCAAAACAUCAAUUGCUUCAUUUGUAUGCAAAUAGAAAGUGGGGGAUAAUUAUAUAUUAUCCGCCUUUGUGUAAGUUCACUUAAUACUUGAAGCAGCCUUUGUCUCCAAGGAGUAUGCCCUUACUGAGAAAGGGUAGGUGAAUGGUACAUUUAUUCCUGGAGAGGGCGGAUUGUUUACAUCAUGUCUGGACUUUUGUCUAGUUAGGCAGACAGUUCUGCUACACCAGCAACUCCAUAAAAAAGAAGUCUGCAUAGAUAAGUAUACAUAAGCACUGUUCUGUGUCUUACUGUACACUUUUGAAUUGUAGCCAACAGGGAAGCAUUUGUAGUUGAACUGUAGAGCAAGAGAAUCCAGGCAUGCUGAGAGAGACUGGGGACGGAUCUUUUGGUUUCUUGGUGCAUAUAAAAGUUAUGUUUACACCGUACUGUAGUCUCUCCAGUGCGCCGUAGCAUUGUGUCUAAAAAGAUACAUAAUUCUCAAUUUAAAAAUAUUACUAAAAAAUGCUAGCCAUCAUCUGAGCUUUCAGUGGGUUAUGACCACAGAUCACCAUAACAAAUAUAAUAAUGGUGGAAAAGUUUGCGAUGUCACGAGAACUACCAAAAUGCGACACGGAGACACACUUGAUCUUAGCCAAAAGGCCGAGAAGCGAUGACACGGAGACGUAAAGGAAGCAAAUGCUAUUGGAAAAAUGGCGCUGGCAGACCUGCGCAAUGCAAGGCCGCCACAAACCUUCAGUUGUUUAAAAAAAAAGAAAAAAGCCCACCGUGUCUCCAAAGCACAUCGAAAUGAGGUGUGUCUGGGCACCUGGGCGGCUCAGUCGGUUAAGCAUCUGACUCUUGAUCUCGGCUCGGGUCGUGAUCUCACAGUCUGUGAGUCUGAGCCGCGCCUGAGGCCCUGCGCUAGCGCUGCAGAGACCGCUUGGGAUUCUCGCUCUCUCUGUCUCUCUCUCUGACCCUCCCUGCUCGCUCUUGCGCUCUCAAAAAAUAAAAUUUUUUUGAAGACUGGCAUAUCGCCACGAGGAAGUAUUUGUAUUCAGCAGAAAUUCAAGAAGAAAUACUUUUUAAAAAAAAUACCAAACGCACUGAGUGUCUAAAGCAGACUGAAAGAGAGGCUGUGGUCAAGAUGGCAAGGCAUAGAAAUGCAGCAUCACGCGAACUGAAUCACGGAGAGACUGAAUUAUACUCUACAGCCAGAUGUAUUAUACUCGUAUAGUUUGAGGACCUCCUGUAGAAAAUAGAGGAUGCUUUUCUGUCAACCAGUGAUCUAAAACAAAAAGGCAGUAUGUCCACUUUCUCGGUGGGUCUUACUUCUAAAUGAAUGCAUGUGAAUUUCAAGCCACAUAAUGUUUCUUCGCUUCCGUUACUUCGUGGUGACCAGAGUCUGCAGAGGCUAGAAUACUUAACUGCUCUGAGACGUCCAUUUGAAGGACAGGAGAGUGUAAGGAGACAGAGCUGAGCCUGCUCUCCUAGCCUCUCUUUUUCAUCUGUUGCUGUGGUGUGGGGUGAGGGCAUAAACCUUAGCCAUACUUUCUUUCCUGUCACUAGGCAGGACACAGAAGCCCUUCAGAUGACCAAUGCUCUGGGGGAGCAGUUACUACUCGCUGGCUUCCUGGGCAGCUUGAUAAUGUUCUGCUCCUGUUUUCAGCCAGGCUGCGGCCGGGGCAGUGAUUUGAUAAUAACAGACCCUGAUUAAAUUAAGGAGCCAUUUGCUUGUGGAUGAUGAUGUUGAUAAAAGGGUUGAUGUCCACACACUCAUCUAUUUUUAAAGGUCAAAAAACAGUCUCUAAUCACAAACUACAGCAAAAAGCAAAAUAAUCCGAAACAGUAUAAAGUUUGUGCUUUCCCUUCGUUGUCCAUCUGGGAAAGGGUCUGUUAUUUGCUGACAUCCUUACUGGCUGUUUUUGCAUCACAUUUGGAGUUGAAAUUAGAAGUAGGCUCGUUGGGAAGGUGACUGUAUCUCAUCUCUAAACUGCUAAACUCUGUAACUUACAAUCGAGCACUCAGGGGCUCUUGGUUGUCUAAGCUCCUGUUUCUCACAUACAUGCAUGCUCGCACUUACGUGUGUUUUCAGACAACAGCUUUUGCUUUAGGUGGAAAGUUGUAAGUGAAAGUUGUAUAUCGGUUCUUCUACUCUGAGACACAGAGUAGGACGGGGUUCCUCUCGAUGUUGGUCAGAAAAGGAUUUGCACUAUAUCCCACCCGCGGUGUUUAGAAAAGCAAGACAAGAAGGGACAUGAAAAAUCCCCUCGUGUACCACUUGCUCAGCCCAUCUGAUUCGGGAGCUUUGCAGGCAUCGUUAGAGCCCUGUGGGCUGUGGCCGUGAAAUGGGCGGAGGGCAGGCAGGGUUGCCAGUGCCCCGCCUGGCCUGAGACGGGCCGUGCGCAGCUCCCUGAUUGCUCAGGGACCACGGGGAGACUCUGAUUGGUCUCUAGACCACACCUAGUUGGUGAGCGCAGCUGCUGCCUGAAUAUCCCACAGCUCUGCCGAGGCCACUGGAGUACGCACACGCCUACCUUUAGACACCAGACCGGGAGAGGAACCGUGGAGCUGCUGCAGUGGAGGAGUUGUGGAAACUUUGCUGAGUCCUCGGGCCUCCCGCUCCCUGCGAUGCCGGCCUCGUCCACCAUCCACGUGCUGCAGCUGCUGCGGGAGCUGCUGGCCUUCGUGCUCCUCAGCUACACGGUGCUCAUCGGAGCGCUGCUGCUGGCCGGCUGGACCACCUACUUCCUGGUGCUGAAGUGACAGCGCCCGCAGCCCCGCCCCCCGCCCCGCCCGCCUCGUGCCAGCCCCCAGCGGCCGGAGCCACCGCGCGCUGCUCCUCCUCCUGCCGGACACAUUCCACCCCCCGACGGAAGAACUCUGCGCCUGGCGCUCGGGCCCCGGCUGCCUCUCGAGGCAGGGCCUCGCCCGGGUAGGUAUCCAACUUCCUCUCACGACGGCCGACUCCGCUCCGCCCGCUCAGCCCCAGG